UUACCUGUGCGUCAUGGCUCUUCACCAGUAAUAAAAUGUGCACUAAGAAUCACACGAUUCUGUAUUAUGUUCUGACUGAUGCAUUCUUUCAAUUUAGGUGUUUGGGGUCUACAUUUAUUGUUCAAUAUAUUCCUCUUCCAGAGCUGUUCCUACUCCCCCAAAUUAAACUGAACCUACAGGAAGUGAUGGAAGGUGCAGAGAUGACCCUGACAUGUGACACAGUUCCUAAAUAUCCCACAGACCUGAUGUUUGCUUUUUACAGAGAUGGAGAGAUGGUGCAGGGGUUCAAUUCAUCCACUAGGUACCAGGUCCAGGCAGCUCAGCUGAAGGACUCAGGAAAUUAUACCUGUGAGGUCAGAACAUCAAAUUAUACUAUAAAGAAGAGAAGCCAUGUGUUACAUAUUCAAGUGCAAGGUGAGUGGGGAACUUGGUUACCCAUAUAACUCUCCUCUCAAUGGGGAAAAUAUAUACAAACAAGGUCUACACAGAAAUAUACACAGAACCUCUAUACAGGGAGAUACGCUGAAAUAUAUAGAGAUAUACACAGUACGUGUAUACAGGGAGGCAUAUAGAGAUAUACACCUAUAUAUAGUGAUAUGCUGAGAGAUAUAUAGAGAUAAGAAUUUAUAACGUUAUUCAAAGAUAUAUUGGUGGUAGCCCUGCUAAUAGAUAAUGCACCCCCAAUUAAUAAUGCCAUUGUAUCCCGUUAUUUAAUCAUUCAAACACAAUACAUUCUGUCAUCUUGUAAAACAACAUUUAGAAGAUCGAUCCUCACCCAACAUUCUCUGAUGUUUAAUUAGGGGAGGGAGAAAGCCCUUCCCUAAUGUGGCUCGUCUCUGGAGAUAACUAUAUUGCCCCAUGUGUAUUUUCCAGUCAAUACUCCCAAGUGGAGCGGAAUAAGUAACUGAUGAGAAAAAGUCAAAAUCAAAAACGAAUAUAGCUGUUUGAAUCGUCGGUCAAGUAGAGUGUUAUGUACUGUUACUUAUUCCUCUCCACAUGGAAGUGUUUACUGGCUAGCAAAUCGAAGGGACAAUAUCGUUAUUUCCACAGACUAGUGACAUUAGGAAACAGGCUGUUCAGCUUUCUCCUUGCCUCUUGUACUCUACUAAAUACUUAAUUUAGAACCUGAAUACUUGGACUUGGUUUAGGAACGAGGGGGUUUAGUAGUGGUGUCUGAUUACUAUUAUUACACAUUCUUUAUUCAUUUGACCAUAAAUGUAUCAUUAUAUGAACGAAGUGGCACUAUUAUAUAGCAUGUAUUAUGAUGACCCCUAGAGGCUGAGAUGAGCAUUACGUAUGUUGUUUUUUUUUUUUUUAAUUUCUUUUCUUGACAUAUAUAAUUGGUAAAUAGUUGUACUAGAGGAGAGUGAUUCAAAUAGACCACCAACUGCCUCUUAACAGGUGGUUCUCACUAACUGUAUCAGAGAUUAUAGACCUUUUUAUAUAACUAAGAUUAUUAAUACUGGUAAUAUUGAUAUUUGGAACUUAGUUAUAUAUGGAUUUUUAAUCAUUUUUUUUAAGACACAAUAACAAUAAAAUCUAGGUUUUAGAUAUUGUCACAUCACUUAUUGUGCCUUUUUUUGUUCUUUAAUUUGUUCUUAUGUAACCUUGCUGUAAUUGUAUAGUGAAAGAAGGCACAGCUUCUAUUAUGUGCCAAAAGGGAAUUUAUGUAAUUUUUAUAUCGAGUUACUGGUGGCUGAGCACAAGCUCCAACACUGAAUAGCAGAAAGUUUCCCUCAUAGAUAUGGCUGUCUAUUAGAGUUUGGGCCAUUCUCAUGAAUUCUGUUUUGACUACUUGAAUUUUUUUGAGUACUUGAAUAUUCUUAGGGUUCGCAGAUAUGGACCCCUUGCUCACUGUGCCUUGAUGGUAUCAGCAAUACCUCACUGAUGAAGUCCACUGACAAAGGUUGGCAUUUCAGUUUUGGAUGUCCUUGUGCAUUCAAUCAUUCUAAUGUGAAUUACAGGCACUUACCACCAACUACCCUAUCGCAUACUGCAGAAUACAAUAAUCUGUAGUAAUUUAAUAUAGUAAUUAAAUGGCAAUUACAUAAUAAAUAGUGAUAUUAUAAUAAGCGUUCCUUAUACAAUAAGAUGUUAUACUAUAAUAAGCAGCCAAUGGUUAUGGUCCUUGGAGUGUUCGGCUCUACACAUUCGUUAUCCUUUUUGCCUUUUCCUGCUAGACUAACAAUAGAAAUAAAGCCGCUAUCAAUUUUUAAAUUCUGUUUCCCUCCCCCCCCCCACCCGGCCCAAUUCAUGCAGUUUUUUUUAUGUUUUUCCAUUUUUGUGGGUGGUGGGUGAAGUGAAACAGCUUAUCUAAUCACUAGUUCUAAGACACAGUAACAGUGUUGAUACACAGAGGGCAAAGUGAACCUGAUUUAAAACUGUCUGGGUUUAAUCGGUCUCAAAUGCUUUCUAAGAUUUAUUGUGAUUAGGUGUGAUUUUCCUUUAGCCAUGUAGAGACCGGUCUGUACUUCAUUUUCCCAGUAGCCAAUGACUAACGUUGCCUGCUUUUUUCUAGACAUGCCCACAGAUCAGGAAUAUCUGUCUCUAAUUCAAAUUGCCUCUCUGGCGGUUGUACUACUCAGCGUGAUUACCCUGGUCUGUGUGUUUAGACGUAGACUGUCUCGUGUUUUCUGUAACUGUCUCCAUGAUCAAACUGAAAAAGGUAAGUAAGCAUCUGCCUACAAGUUUGUAAUUUGAAUUACUCACCUUCCCAACUCUGGGGUCAGAUUCUGCAUAGUUACAGACAUUAUUAAGGGUCUGGGAAACAAAAAUCUGUGUUUGUUAAAAUAACAACUUAGCAUUAUUGUAGAAACUAAACUAAAAUAAUUUGUGAUUAUUUUUUAUUAUUUGUGUCAUUCUUCAGUUACUACGGUGCUAAUAUAUCCCAAUUUCUGUAUUAAAUCACAGUUAAAGGACCACUCUAGGCACCCAGACCACUUCAGCUUAAUGAAGUGGUCUGGGUGCCUGGUCCAGCUAGGGUUAACCCAUUUUUUUUAUAAACAUAGCAGUUUCAGAGAAACUGCUAUGUUUAUAAAUGGGUUAAGCCUUCCCCCAAAGCCUCUAGCGGCUUUCUCAUUGACAGCCGCUAGAGGCGCUUGCGUGAUUCUCACUUUGAAAAUCACAGUGAGAGCACGCAAGCGUCCAUAGGAAAGCAUUGAUAAUGCUUUCCUAUGCGACCGGCUGAAUGCGCGCGCAGCUCUUGCCGCGCGUGCGCAUUCAGCCGACAGGGCGGAACAGAGGAGGAUCGGAGGCAGAGAGCUCCCCGCCCAGCGCUGGAAAAAGGUAAGUUUUACCCCUUUUCCCCUUUCCAGAGCCGGGCGGGAGGGGGACCCUGAAGGUGGGGGCACCCUCAGGGCACUAUAGUGCCAGGAAAAUUAGUAUGUUUUCCUGGCACUAUAGUGGUCCUUUAAUAGAUCCAGGAUCCUGAACCAACUAAUGAUGAAUACAUUUAGAAUUAAAGGAACGCUCCAAGCACCAUAACCACUACAUCCCACUGUAGAGGGAUGUAAGGAGAGCCAUAUGAACCUCCUAGAAUAUAUAGUCAAAUUCUUUUCAAAUGGUUUGAGAACUUACAUAGUGUCUUCUGGCCAGCGUUUGUCUCCUCUUCUGCUGCUAGAAGCUCCCUGCAUUGAGCAAUGCUCGGCUGAUGGUCUCAGCCAAUGAGAGAGCUCUACAUGACAAGACAGCUAACAGAAGCAGGAACUUGUCAAACUAGGUUUUUUUCUGCAUGGACCGCUAGAGUCACAUGAGUUAUUUUGUCUUGUCUCCAAGGGCUCAUGUCUGCAUUUUUUUCCAAAUGAAUUGUAGUUAAUCCAAAUUUGGGUCAAUCAGCAAUUCAUCUAAAAUUAUAAAAUUUUAUUUACUGCUCCAUUUUCUUCAAUUGGUUACUUCUCGCUUCAUCAGUGAAACAAAUGGCGCUCAAAUGUGUCUAAAUGUGGACAGCAAAAUAUGUUCAUCCUAAUCCAAAACUAUCACAAGGAUUAAAUUAGUUUGAACCAAAAACACCACGUUUUUUUUUCCAUGGAUAAAUGUGUGCAUGUCUACUAAUCAUUGUACAGUACAAGGAACGAUUGAAGUAUAGUCACCUAUCAAAUGAUUACCAACCUAAUCCCCAGGGUGCUCCAGUGGGCUUCUGUAAUGUGGAACAUUCUUAUCCAUCGCAGUAUGUAAUAUAAAUUAUUACACAAAAUGGACUUCUUCCCUUUAUUUUACAGGUC